GGAUUGUAAUGGACGCAGGUCGCAUUUUGGUAGUUCUUGUUUAUUUCUUUAUCGUAUUCGAGAGAGUGGGAAUAGUAGCUAUGUCGCAAUAUGUUUGUCUUGCACGCUAUUGGCUGAGGCAAUCGACCGACGACGACUCUUGUUCUAUAGUUAGUUUCUUGUAUUGCUCUCGGUUCUGCGUGAGCGGAGACGAGCUGUGAUGGUGCAAUCUGCAGUCAUAUGCUUUGCCGGUGUUUUAGGAUUUAGUUGAGUGUGUUUUGUAGUUAGUAGAUUUUGCUAUGUUUAUAAUGUAGCUAGGGAAUCAUUAUGUUAGGAUAUAGGAUAGUCAGGGAUUUAUUGUGUAUUAAUGUUUACUAAUUAUUCUGUAUUUUAUUUAGUUAUUUAAUCCCGGAAUCUAUCAAUAUUUGAAAUCAAACUCAGACUCUGACACAAACCCAGUGCUCAGUGUGUUAAUCACAAACUCAUACAAACUCUGUGCGUGUAUUAUUGAAAUUCAAACUUUAGUUGAGCCACAAACUCUAUGUGCAUUGUGAAUGUUAUUGCCGUAUUCUGUCGUGAUUUCAAGCGGAAUAUUACAACAAAGUUCUUUCAAUUCGUGUGAUCUUCUGAGGUGUUGGGUUCAAAAGUUCAAGACUGUGAGUGGGGACUUAAUGUUACGAGUUUGCAUUGCAAAUUGUAGGAGAACCGGGACGUGGUACUUGACAGUGGUUGGGUAUAAACGUAGCGCAGUUUGAGUCUCCAAUUCCGGGCGUUACACAAUUUCAAAUAAAGAUUCGUCUCCUACGUUUUACGUAGAGAAUUUCAAAUACAUAGUUAUUCUACAAUUUCGAAGAAUAAUUGCAUUCUAUCGUGGACAAUUUCAUAACGGAAUAAAGCUAUUCAUAUUGCGAGAUGUCUGAUGAAGAUGGUAUUGUUUCUGAACUGCGAAUGAAAAAGAAAAGAUCUCGUGCGGGAUAUGAAAGCCACUUUACAAAGCUUCUGAAAACCAUUGAGGAUCUAAUGCUGGACCCACAGAAAUACAAAGAGGUUGUGGGUGCAAAAGAAGCUGUGGAUGCUGCAUUUGAGAACUGUAUUAAUGCUUGUGAAGACUUUCGAAAUUCUGUCAAUACCGGUCUGGAGAUGGACAAGCUUGAGUUUGAAGAAGCGACUGUAAAGUGUGAUGAAAUUUUCAGAAAGAAAGCGGUAUGUGAUAAAUUAUAUGGUGAAUAUUUGCAGCGAUACAAUGCUGCCGCCAGCAAAAAUAACUCUGUGUCUAGUAAAUCAAGAAAAACAAGUGUUGCUUCUCAUAGAAGUAAAUCUUCAAAUAAAUCAUCUGUGAGAUCAUCAGUAGCUGCCAGAGCUCGUUUGGAUGCCAAGCUAGCUGAUCUUCAAGCUAAACGUGAACGUGAACAAGCUACUUUGGAAAAGGAGAAAUUGAACAUUGAAAAAAGAGCUUUGGAUGCGGAAUAUCUUGCAGAUGAAGCGAAAUUGAUAGCUGAGAGUUUCGAAGAAACUGAAGGAUCUAUCAUGAGUUCUAAUUUGGAUAGCAAUCAAUUGGAGUAUACAAGUUGUGCCUCUGAAAACUUGGUCAGUGGGAUAGAGCCAUUGACAAAACCUAAAUUUGUGAACAUUUAUGAUCCUAAAUCUAAUGUGCCUUUUGUAAAGACUGAACCCUCAUCAUUUGAGUUGCAGCCGAUUCCUGAAAGAAAAAUAGAGAACAUUCCUAUAUCAAGUCCUGCUGUGGUUUCCCCUGUAAAGACAAACUUUUCUGAUGUUCGUGUGCCAUUGAUGACGUCAACAUUGACUAAUGCUAUAAACAUGUCUAAUCCUGGACUGCAGAGAUCGUCCGAAGUUCCUGUCACAUCGUUUGUACAAUCUGGACAUUGUGUUUACAAUCCGGUAAUGAGUGGCAUGCCGGUGUCGAGUUAUGCCCCGGCCACAGGUGGUGUGUCGGUGGCGAGCCAAUUCCCAGUCACGAGUGGCGUGUCUGGAAUGGGUGAAUAUCAUCGUGUGAGCAGUGUUCCUGUCCAGAAUGUCUACGGUUCGAGUGUAGCAGUGACAUCUUUGAGCUCUCCUGCAAUUCCUGUGUAUCCGGUGGUUCCUACAUGUCCAGCAUCAAUGGGUGAACAUCUGAAAGUUGAUCUACCUGAGUUCGAUGGUGAUCCACUGAGGUAUCCAGAGUUUCUGAGUGAAUUUACAGCAGCAGUGGAUGUGGAAAAUAUUCCAGCAAAUCGUAAGCUUAUUAUUCUUUUAAAAUGUACGAAGGGCAUUGCCAGAGAGGCAAUUCGGUCAUGUGUAAUUACUAAACCAUGGGAAAGGGGUUACAAGCGGGCCCUAGACAUUCUCAAUGAGAGGUUUGGCAAAAAACAUAUGAUUAUAGAUUCCUUUAUGAAAGAAUUGAUUGAAGGAAAACCUCUUCGUGAUAAUAACUCUGCUGACUUGCAUAAGUUAGUAACAUUAAUGGAUAAUUGUGAGAUUGUUUUUGACCAAUGGGAUUGUAUGGAUAAUCUUAAUAAUAGUGUUAAUUUGAAAAAGAUUUUUUCCAGGUUGCCUGAAGAUUUGCAGUCUGGCUAUGCUAAGAUUGCAAGCGGCAUUUAUGAGGUGGGGAGGGAACCAAUGUUUUCCGAUUUAAAGGAUUAUGUUAUGCAAAUUGCUCGUGGUGCUUCUACCAUGUAUGGGGAGAUUGUCUGUUCGAAUAGGGAACAGAAAAAGUCGAGAAGUCCUAAACGAGGGACUGUUCCCAAGACUAGGGAUAGGGUGUCCUCCUUUGUGACCGAUUCCAAUGCUAUACCUAGUAGGGGGGCCAUUGCAAAGUUUGAUUGUCCUUUUUGUGGGUCAGGUAAUCAACAUCCAUUAUGGAAAUGCCUGAAGUUUAAGAAAAUGACUCCUAAAGAAAGAUCAUUGUGGGUGGGCAGAAAUGAAUUGUGUUAUAAUUGCCUUUUGAGUGGUCACAAAGCAAAUGAGUGUACCCGCAAUGUGUUAUGCAAUGUUGAUGGAUGUGGCAAAAAGCACAAUGUGCUGCUGCAUUUCCCACCUCGGCAAAAGCCGGGUGGUUCUACUAAUCCUGUAAGUUCUUGUUCAGGAAAAGAGACGAGUGCUCCGGUCAGUGGGGCCGGUGAGAAAGCUACAUGUGGAGCAACUUCCUGUAGCGUGGAGGCUACGGGAGGGGUUGGGAAUGUUAGACUCAAAGUGUUGCCAGUCACGGUCAGGGGUAAGGCCAUAGGAGGUAGGGAGAUAUCAACCUAUGCCCUGUUAGACCCGGGAUCUACGGUGUCCCUUUGUACUAGUGGGCUCAUGAGGGAGCUAGGUAUAAGUGGGGUUAAAACCAAUUUUUCUGUGCAGACUGUGACUGGUCAUAAAAUCCAAGAGGGGUUUGAGGUAGCGUUGACUGCAACGGGUGCAGGCAACUCCCUAGUGCUGGAUAGAGUUCUAACUGUUGAGCGUUUGCCAAACUUAAAAUCGAGUAUUCCCAGUGUGCGUGAUACUGAAUUGUAUUCACAUUUUUCCCAUGUUGAUAUUUCUGAUAAUACGGAUAGGGAGGUCAAGCUUCUUAUAGGCUCAAAUGUCCCAGAUGCCCAUGAUGUGUUAGAGGUUAAACGCGGGAAAAGGGGACAGCCCAGAGCGGUGAAAACCUUGUUGGGGUGGACACUGUUUGGCCCAGAGAGUGUUUCUAAUUGUGAUAAUAAUUUUGUGAAUUUUAUUCAUUGUGAUGAUAAUAUUUUACAUCGCCAAUUGUGUCAAAUUUAUGAGCAUGAUUUUAAUGAUAAUGCAUGUGAAUCUGCAUCCUCACUGUCUGUUGAAGACAAGCGGGCAUUGUCUAUCAUGGAAAAAACUGUUUGUAAAGUUAAUGGACAUUAUGAAGUGGGACUCCCAUGGAAGAAUAAAGAGGUAAAACUUCCUAAUAAUCGUACCAUGGUUGAGAAACAAUUAAUGUACCAAAAGAGAAAAUUUAUUCGAGACCCAGAAUUGUUUGAGUGUUAUAAGAGCGUGAUAAAUGAUUACUUGGACAAUGGGUAUGCGAGAAAAAUACCUAAUGAUGAAUUGGUGACUAGUGACAAAACUUUUUAUUUGGGGCAUCAUAGUACGAAACAAUCAAAAUUCCGUGUAGUUUUCAAUGGGGCCGGAACUUUUCGUGGGGUUUCCUUAAACGAUAAUUUAUUACAAGGACCAGAUUAUGCGAAUAAUUUGGCUGGAGUUCUCUUGAGAUUUCGACAAGAAAGAAUUGGUGUGAUGGCAGAUAUCAAGGCUAUGUUCCAUCAGGUGAGAGUGAGGCCAGAAGAUUGUGACUCGCUUCGGUUUUUGUGGUGGCCGAAUGAUGAUUUGUCAUCUCAAGCAAGUGACUAUUCCAUGUUGGUACACAUAUUUGGAAGCCGUUCAAGUCCAUCAGUUGCAGGUUUCGCCUUGAGGAAAUGUGCUUCAGAUAAUGAGCCGGGUGUUGAACAAUCGGUAGUUGAUACUGUGCUGAAGAAUUUUUAUGUUGACGAUUUGUUGAAAUCCUUAGCAAAGAGUGGUGACGCUAUAAACUUGGUUAAGCAAUUGUCUGUUCUACUGGAAAGUGGUGGAUUCCAUCUGACGAAAUUUAUCAGCAAUUGUCGAGAGGUGCUUGAGCAAAUUCCAGAAAGUGAGCGAGCAAAGACUUUGGUGAAUUUGGAUCUUGAUAAUCUACCGGUGGAACGAGCCCUGGGGUUAUAUUGGGAUACUGAUUUGGAUAAAUUCGUGACCAAGGUGAAUGUGAAAGACAAACCAACUACAAGACGGGGUAUGCUUUCUACCAUGAGCCAGAUAUUUGAUCCGAUUGGAUUUCUGCAGCCAUUUAUUUUGCCUAUGAAGAAAAUUCUGCAGAAAUUAUGUAAACAAGAUUUGGGGUGGGACGAUGAAAUUCCUGAUGGUGAAAAGGCUUGCUGGAUGAACUGGUUGCAAGAUUUACCGCAUCUGGAAAGUGUUUCUAUUCCUCGUUGUUUGAAAUCAUCAGAUAUGAAUGACCCUAGUGAAAUUCAAAUGCAUAUUUUUUGUGAUGCAAGUGAAACCGGAUAUGGAUGUGCAUGCUAUAUGCGAAUGUUGAACAAGUCUGAUGGAACCGUGCAUUGCAGUUUUGUUAUGGGAAAGUCAAGAGUGACACCUUCAAAACCAGUGACUAUACCAAGGCUAGAGUUGACUGCGGCAGUGGUAGCAGUGAAGUUGGGUCAGUUUGUGAAGACUCAGCUGGAGUACAAAAUUGAUAGAGUAAUUUAUUGGACCGACUCAAUGUCAGUGUUGCAGUAUAUCACUAAUACGACAAGACGCUUUCAUACUUUUGUGGCGAAUCGUCUUGCUGUUAUUCAUGAGGGAUCAGAGCCUUCGCAGUGGAGACAUAUUGACACGAAAUGUAACCCGGCUGAUAUUGCAUCUCGAGGUUUGAAACCGUAUCAGUUGGACAAGGCAAAGAUUUGGUUUGAGGGACCUGUUUUUUUGAUGAGAGAAGAAAGCCUAUGGCCAAAAUCAAAACCUAUUCGUGGCAUAUUAAAUAAUGACCCUGAAUUGAAGCAAGAUUUAUCUGUGUAUUGUGUCAAAGAUAACUUGAAGGAAAAUCCAAUCAAGCAUUUGCUUUCGAGAUACUCUACUUUGGAGAAACUUCAGAGAUCGACAGCUUGGCUUUUGAGAUAUCGAUCUUAUCUCAGAUGGAAGGUGGCUAAAUCUCGAGGUGAUGGAGAUGUCGGUCAGCUGAAAACAGGACAUUUUGAGAUUUGUGAAUUACACUGUGCAAUUGAUUGCAUAGUAAGAUUUGUGCAAAGAGAGCAGUUUGGAAAACAAAUCGAUGCUUUGCAUAAUCAUUCAUCUUUGGAAGAAAAGAUUGUCAGGACGCCAAAGAAGUCAUUAUCAAGAAAUGAGCAGAUGAGAUCAAUACAGAAACUGAAUCCUAUUGUUGUGGAUGGGAUCUUGAGAGUUGGUGGUCGUCUUGAUCGUUCACAUUUGCCAUUGGAAAGUAGAUAUCCAGUAAUUUUGCCGAGUGAUAGUUAUGUUACUAAUUUGGUGAUUGACAUGUAUCAUGAAAGAGAAGGUCACAGUGGUACUUUGCAUGUUUUAUCUGCAAUUCGUGAGAAAUUUUGGAUUAUUAAGGGACAUGCAACUGUGCGUCGAAGAUUGAGCAAAUGUUUUACUUGCUGUCGAUGGAACUCUAAGGUGGGGGAGCAAGUGAUGGCACCGUUACCAAAGGUUCGAGUGACACCUAGUGAUCAUGCUUUUAUGGAAACUGCCUGUGAUUAUUUUGGACCAAUAUUAGUGAAGAGAGGCAGGAGUGAGGAGAAAAGAUAUGGAUGUAUGUUCAGUUGUAUGGCCACACGAGCGGUUCAUAUCGAGAUUGCUAAGUCACUGGAUACUUCAUCGUUCAUAAAUGUGUUUCAGAGAUUUAUAAACAGACGUGGACGACCAAGGAAAAUGUACAGUGAUAAUGGAACAAACUUCAUUGGUGCUGAGAGAGAACUUCGUGAAGGGAUUCAAAAUUGGAAUCAAAAUCAAAUUUCUAAAGUUAUGCAACAGCAAAACAUUGAAUGGUGUUUUUCUGUACCUUUGGCUUCACAUACAAAUGGAGCAUGGGAAAGAAUGAUAAGAUCUUUUCGAAAAUUGAUGAGAGCAAUUGCUGGGGAGAGAUUAUUAGAUGAUGAUGCUCUGCAUACAUUUACAACACAGUGUGAAAGCAUUUUAAAUGGGAGACCAAUUUGUCCGAUUGGAGAUAGCCCGGAUGAUCUCGCAACUUUGAGUCCUAAUAUGUUGUUACUUGGUAGGCCUAAUCCGAAUCUACCUCCUGAUCAAUUCAUGAAAGCAGAUGGAUAUAAGAAGUCGUGGCGCCAGGUACAAUUAAUGACAGAUUGUUUCUGGAAGAGGUGGUUGAAAGAAUAUUUGCCAACAUUGCAGUUGAGGCAAAAGUGGCACAAGCCUGUGAGAAACUUUGCCAUUGGAGAUAUUGUUCUCAUUGUGGAUGAAAAGACUAAGAGAGGAUUCUGGCCGAAAGGGUUAAUCGAGGAAGUAUUUCCUGAUUCAGAUGGGCAUGUCCGCAGUGUACGUGUGAGGACUGCGGAUUCUUGUUACAUGCGAGACAUUCGUAAAUUGUGUUUGUUAGAGGGAGUUGUGUAAUUUUUGUAUAUAUUGUUUUUCAUGUUUUCAUUUCGUGAAAAUGAGACAUGCGUCCUUUUGGUGGUCGGUAAUAACCGUGGGAUGUAGACGGUUCUUAGGGGCCGGUGUAAUGGACGCAGGUCGCAUUUUGGUAGUUCUUGUUUAUUUCUUUAUCGUAUUCGAGAGAGUGGGAAUAGUAGCUAUGUCGCAAUAUGUUUGUCUUGCACGCUAUUGGCUGAGGCAAUCGACCGACGACGACUCUUGUUCUAUAGUUAGUUUCUUGUAUUGCUCUCGGUUCUGCGUGAGCGGAGACGAGCUGUGAUGGUGCAAUCUGCAGUCAUAUGCUUUGCCGGUGUUUUAGGAUUUAGUUGAGUGUGUUUUGUAGUUAGUAGAUUUUGCUAUGUUUAUAAUGUAGCUAGGGAAUCAUUAUGUUAGGAUAUAGGAUAGUCAGGGAUUUAUUGUGUAUUAAUGUUUACUAAUUAUUCUGUAUUUUAUUUAGUUAUUUAAUCCCGGAAUCUAUCAAUAUUUGAAAUCAAACUCAGACUCUGACACAAACCCAGUGCUCAGUGUGUUAAUCACAAACUCAUACAAACUCUGUGCGUGUAUUAUUGAAAUUCAAACUUUAGUUGAGCCACAAACUCUAUGUGCAUUGUGAAUGUUAUUGCCGUAUUCUGUCGUGAUUUCAAGCGGAAUAUUACAACAAAGUUCUUUCAA